AUGGCAGACACCAAAUCCGGUUUGAGAAAACCAGCUUUCACUAAGGUCGAUCAGCUGCGUCCUGGGACUAGCGGACACAAUGUGACCGUGAAGAUCGUUAGCACGAAGAUGGUGUUACAGAAAGGUCGUGCAGAUGGUGGGCCUCAGUCUCGCCAGAUGAGGAUUUCUGAAUGCAUUGUUGGAGACGAGACAGGAGUUGUCGUCUUUACCGCAAGAAAUGACCAAGUGGACUUGAUGAAAGAGGGAUCCACUGUAACUCUACGAAAUGCGAAAAUCGACAUGUAUAAAGGAUCAAUGAGGCUAGCUGUAGACAAAUGGGGUCGCGUUGAAGUCACAGAGCCUGCGAGCUUCACUGUGAAAGAGGAUACCAACAUGUCCCUUGUUGAGUAUGAGCUUGUCAACGUUGUCGAAUGA